GUCACGACAGCGCAGUCGCGCGAGAAACUUCGCUUUAAGUGCGCGGAAGGUUUUUACGUUUUUAUGGCAGAGAAACCAACGAGCGCGCCUUUAUUUUCAAUAAUUUCCGCGAAAUAUUACGAAAUACAAGAAUAAAGAGUGAAGCAAAAAACAAGUGAGAAAGUGAAAAUAAUGUCAAAGAAAUAAUCAUAAAUAGAGUCUUACGAGAAAGAGAAGUGGAAUAAAGGCUAUGUGAUUCAGCAAUUUAAUACAAUACAAAAUUUGAAAAUAAUCGAAUUACGUGUUUUCAACCCAACGAAACUCUGGAUCUAACCCAAUUUUUAUUAAGAGCGACUUACGAAAAUGGAACCAGCAAUUUUAAUUGAUGAACGACAGCACAUACAGAAGAAAACUUUUACGAAAUGGAUCAAUUCACAUCUAAGCAACACCCAGUGCACACCAGUUAAUGACUUGUUCCUGGACCUGAGAGAUGGCCAUCGCCUGCUGGCCUUGCUCAGCACCCUGACACAAACUCAGCUGAAACCCGAAAAGGGACGCAUGCGCGUGCAUCACAUCAACAACCUGAACAAAGUGCUGCAGGUGAUCCAGCAGCACGGGGUGAAGUUGGUGAACAUCUCCAGCGACGACAUCGUGGGCGGCAAUCCGAAGCUUACGCUGGGCCUCAUCUGGCUGAUAGCGCUCGAGUUCAAUGGCCAGCAUCUAGUCAAGAGCCAUUCAAGCAAUGGCGUUGAGAAAUCCCUGCUGGCCUGGGCGCGCCAGUACACAGAGCCGCACGGCUUGGCGCUGAAUGAUUUCGCCAGCUCUUGGGCAGACGGACGCGCCUUUCUGAUGAUACUGGCCGCCCACCUGGAUGAGCUGGACCUGGAGCGGGCCCUGGCGCAGCAUGCACUGCAGCGUCUGCAUCUGGCCUUUGACCUGGCGCACCGGCACUUCAAGAUCGAGAAGCUGCUGGAUGCGGAGGAUGUGCACACACACAAGCCGGACAACAAGUCCAUACAGAUGUACGUGAUGUGCCUGUAUCAUGCCAUGGAAUCGAUGCGAUCCGCCGAGCGCGACCGAGUGCCCUGCACAAGCAUCACAGACCUGGACGAGGUGCCGCUGGAUAACGAGCGAGAGAUCUACACCUCGGACAGCGCCAACAGCAUGGAGCUGAAGUCGGCGGCCGAGGAGAGCUCGGUGCGGCCGCUGAGCACUGCGACCAAUGUGAGCGUCGAGAUCAGCAGCUACCAGGCGGCCUUGGAGGCGGUGCUGACGCUGCUGUUGGAGGAUGAGCAGCUGCUCUCCCAAGAUCUGCCCGACCCAGAGAACUUUCAGGCGGCCAAGCAGCAGUUUCAUGAGAACGAGAGCUUCAUGCUGAAGCUGACCGAACAUCAGGAGUUCGUGGGCGAGGCACUCGAGGAGGGCAGCAACCUGAUCAAUGAGUCGCAGAAGAAGGAUGGCUCCAGCCUCUCGCAGGUGGAUCAGAAUGAGGUGCGGCAACAGAUGGUGCUGCUGAACGAGCGGUGGGAGACGCUGCGUCUGCGCGCCCUCGACAUGCAGGCCAAGAUUCUGAUGCGGCUGGCCGAGUUCCAGAAGCAAAAGCUGGAGCAGCUGCGUCAGUUCCUCACCAAUGUCGAGGAUCGCAUCUCGCACAUGAGCGACCUGGGUCCGACCUUGGCCGAGGCCGAGCAGCAGCUGAUGGAGGCACGCCAGCUGAAGGCGGAUCUGUCCGAGCAGCAGGAGCUGGUGGAUAGCAUUAGCAGCAUGGUGGUCAUUGUCAACGAUACCUCUGGCAAUUUCAACGAUCUGGAGGAUCGACUGAGCGCGCUGGGCGAGCGCUGGUCCCACGUGGUCAAGUGGAUAGAUUUGCGCACCGAGAAGCUGCAGCAAUACAAGUGCAUCUCGCGCUGGCUGGACGCGCGCGAACAGGAUCUGAAGCGCAUGGAGAGCCGCGAUGUCACCGACGUGGGCGGCAUCACACAGCGCAUCAACGAGCUGAACUACUGUGCCAAGGACCUGCUCGAGCUGCAGCGCUAUCUGAUCGAUCUGCGGCAAAUGGUGGCCGCCACGCUGCAGGAUGGCGACGACAAGGGCGAGCGCGUACUCAUGCAGCUGGAGAGCUACGAGGACCGCCUGGAUGCACUCAAGCAGAUCCUGGAGGUGCAAACGCAGCGCAUCGAGUCGAAGGGCUUCAACUUUGGGCGUGAGCGGGCCAGCUUCGAUGACAGUCGGGUGCUGCGGCCGGAGGGCUGGGUGGACUAUCAAAUGAUUAUACGCUUCGGCGAGGGCGAGGGUGAGGAGGAGGACGAAGAUGAGCCCGAGCAGAAGCAGUCACAGCAGCAGCAGCAGCAGCAGGAGUUGCAGCAGGAGUUGCAGCAUCCCGAUCAGUUGGCCAGCAAGAAGCGUAAAUUGCGCAAUUCGGACAACUUUUUCGAGCUGGAAACUCAAAUCCUGCAGCACUUUACACACGUGCAGGAGAUGGAGCAGCAGAUGCAGCAGCUACAGCGCCAGAGCCUGCGUAAUCAAUGCGAGCUGCUCAAGGAGCUGCAGGCCGAGAGCCAGCAGCGCGCCAGCUCGCUGCCCGAGCUCAAGAAGCUGUACGAGGUGUGCGAGCAGGAGGAGCCAGCGCGCAAGCUGCAGCUGGAGGCGGCCCAGAUCAAGCAGCUGGAGCAGCGCCAUGCAGCGCUGGCCCAGCGUCUGGCCAGCCAGCAGAGCGAGACCAGCAGCCUGCUGGCCAAGGAGCGCUACUACAAUAGCCUGACGGGCUUCAAGCUGGUGCUGGCCGACUCCCGGGACUGGUACAAGCAGCACGCGGGCUCGGCCAGCUGCCAGGAGCUGGAGCAGCGUCUCAGCCACAUGGACUCGCUGGCCAAGGAGAUAGCUGAGGCGCGCGAGGCCACCGAGGCACUGGACGACCAGCAUCUCGAGUGGAAGCAAGACUUUGGCAUCUUCUACGACAGCUGGCACGAUAUGAAGCAGGCGCUGCAGGCGCUCAUACAGCAGCGUGGCGGGGAGAGCGUUGCCCGGCAGCUGCAGCAACUGGAGGCUUUCGUGGGCAAGGUGGCCGCCCAGAAGGUGCGCGUCUCCCAUCUGGAGGCCAUGCAGCAGCAGCAGCAGCUGCUCAAUCAGCUGGUCGACGAACUGGAGACGCUGAAGUCGAGCUACGAGUCGGUGCCCGCCCACAUGAUCAGCGAGGAGCUGCAGGCCGCCUGGCAGCGGCUGCCGGAGCAGCUGAACGAGCGGGUGAUCAAGCAGACCACCGCCAUAGAGAACCUCAACCACUUUGUGGCCGAAUACAAUUCCAUAAUUGCCGUGCUGCGCAGCGCUCCACAGGUGCUGCAGGCGCAGGAUCUGCGCAAGCUGGAGAUCGAUGUGAUCAGCGCUCGGAAUUUCAGUGAGAUUCUGAUCAAGGAGGCGGAGCCGGCACAGCGUGAGUCCCUGCAGGCGCAGAUACGUGCGCUAAAUGCCCUGUACGAGCAGGUGGAGCAACUGCAUCAGACACAGCUGCAACAGCAGUCGGCACUGGAGUCCCAGAGCGAUGCGAUACAAGCGCGCCUGCAGCAAACGGAGCGCUGGCUCAACGAGCUGGAGGCGAACACGCCCAAGUCCGGCAUUGCCGAGAUACGCAACUCCAACGAGCUCUUCCAGAGCAAGUCCAAGUUCCAGACUCUCAAGGAGACGUGCGAGCGGGAGGCCAAGCAGUUCCGAGAGCUCAAUGAGCUGGGCGGCGAGCUGCUGCUGCAAAUGGACGAGCUGCAGAACAAGGAGAAGGACUCCAAGUACGGCUCGCUGGCCAAGCAGUUCACCCACCUCAAUGCCCGCUGGACGGAGGUGACGGAGCGGGUAUACACCAAGACGGCGCUGCUGGAGCACAUCUCCACGCAGCUGGGCGAGUUCAAGAAGUUUAUGGUCAGCGAGACGGGCUACCUCGAUCGGCUGGAGAACAAGAUACGCAACACGCCCGAGAAUGCGGCGGAUGCUGAGGAAAUCAUAGAAGAGUUGGAUGAUCUGGAGAACGUGCUGCGCUCCCAUUCCGACGAAUGGCUGGACAAGAUUCAAGAAAUUGGCAACGAGCUAAUUGACAAUGAAUUCAUGGCCGAUGCCAUGCGUAAGGACAUUGAUGGCAUUGUCGAGCGCUGGACACAGCUGCAGCAGCAGGCCAAGAAGCGCACCGAACUGCUGGAGGUGAAGGCCAGCGAGGCGGAGCAGUCAGAGAAGGCGAUUGUGCAUCUGGAGAGCUGGCUGACGCGCAUGGAUGAGAUACUCAGCGACCAUCUGGAAAACGAUGUGACCAUUGAGGAUCUGCCCGAUGAUUUCCAGGUUCUGGCACGUGAGUUCGCCAUAAAUGAACAGAAUUUUAAAGACAUAAGCACACUGAUAGCGGAGCACACGGCCAAUGGCAAAACGGGCGCCGCCAAUCGGCUGCAGGAGCAGCUCAACCUGAUGGAGAUGCGCUUCAAGGCCUGCCAGGCGAAGCUCAACAAGUGCACAGCGCCACAGCCCGCGUACGAGUCGCGCCUGAAUCGCGCCUACGGGGAUCUACGCAACGUGGAGCACUCCACGCUGGUGCUGGACGUGGCCUCGGCGGGACCCAGCACGGUGCAGGCACAGUACCAGAAAUGCCUGCAAAUCUAUCGCACGCUCUCUGAAAUCAAGGCGGAUAUUGAGAGCACCAUCAAGACGGGCCGGCGCGUGUGUGAGGAUAAAUAUACAAAGAGUCCCAAGCAGUUGAGUCAGCGCAUCGAUGCGCUGAAGCAUCUGUACAAUGCGCUCGGCGAGAAUGUCACCCAGUCGAAGGCCUUCCUCGAGGACCUCAUCAAGCUGGCCAGACAGCUGGAGCUCUGCUUCGAUGCCGCCGAUGAGCUGAUCAGGCGCUUCGAGUCGCCCCAGGAGGUGCACGAUCGCAACUCCAUACUGCUCGAGUUCGAGGAUGUGCUGCAGCGCUGCGAGCAGCACUACAACGAGUACAGCAAGUCGUGCGACAAGAGCUGCAUGCAGGACACACGGCAGCGCAUCGAUGGCCUCAAGGCCACCUACCACAGGCUGACCAGUGCGGACAUCAUCAAGCGGCUCACCGAAAUGAAGGCAACGCUGCAGAACUUGGACAACAUUUCGAUGGAGACACUCAAAACCAUGGAACAUGAUCUGAAGGAGAUAAAUGUGCCAUCGAAUCCGGAAAUUGAAAAGUUGCAGCAGCAGGUCAUUGCAAUUGUUGUGGAUACGCUGAGAACGCGCUUCGACGAGACAUCAACGCUGGCUGCCCCCGUCGAUGACGAUAUGGAAAUUGUGGUUGUCAGCGAUACAGUGCGUCAACGACGCGCACGUACACCGCAGGCCGGUGAAGCCGGCACGCCCAACACAAGUCUCAUCGCAGACUCACCGCAGUCAGCGAAGGCGGGCGCCCAGCCGGGCUCGAGCAGUGGUGAACAGGUGCUGCCUGAUUUGCUUCCACCUCAAACGUUUCGUUUGGCUGAAUCCAGCACACUCUUCUCGCAGAUAUCGAUGAAUCCGAGCAAGGCAGCAUUGGACGCGCCUCCGCCGAAGCCGGCGAAGAACAAACGCAAAGCGCCGGCAGCACCCGCUCAGGUGGUCGAGAUAAAGGUGAAAAACAUUCAGAAUGACAAAAUGUCGGUGCAGAAUAUUGCGCUGGAGCCGCAGCAGGGUGAGAUUGUGGACACGGUUAACAUUUUGGAGAGCGUGGAGCCGCUGCUGCCGGAGUUUGUGCAGACGGUGCAAAUAGUGGAUUUGUCCGAGGACUCGGAUUCCUCGCUGCGAGUGGAUGCAAACGGCAAGGAGGUGCGACGCAGCAAGAGCAAGCAUUCGCUAUGCGAAUCGCCCGGGGCCAAGGCAGAAGAAGGCACAGACGCAGAUCCGAAUACGGAUGCGGAUGCGGAUGCGGAUGCGAAUGGAGAAGCCAUGCUGCGUCCUGCUGCGGGCAACACCAGCACCCCGCUGCUGCGCGUGGAGAAGCAGCGCAUAUCCUUCGAUGAGAAACGCAAACGCAUUGCCCAUGAGCGUGACAUACUACGCGACUCCGAGGAGGAGGAGGCGCCACAAAGUGUGCCAGCGCCCACUGGCAGCGCCACAGCAAAUGAACAGCGACCGAAAGCCAAGCGCUGGCGUCAGCUGCAACCAGAAAUGGAAGCUCUGACACCGGACACGGAGCCCGAGUCGCCCAUACGCAAUAGUUUCUAUAGCGCCGACAAGGAGACAGGUUUUGAUAUUGAGCCGUUGGUAUUCUCCGACGAUGAGGAGAUACCGCGCUUCUCGCUGGAAAUGACACCAACCUUCGACUCCGAUAGUGAUACGAGCCGCAUUGAGACGCCCUCCACGAAGAAGCCGAACUCGUUCCUGAGCAAGGUGCUCCACUCAAUGCCCUCGCCCCUCGACGACUCGAAUGUAACCCUCAAGAGUCCGCCCACUGAACAGCCAGGCAGCGGACCCAGCAACUUGGCUCAACGCGUUGAGGACUUCAAUAAGAGGGCCAAGCAGAUGAUCUACCAGCUGGAAAUGACCAAGACCAAAAUCGCGCAGUGUCCCGAGAGCGAGGCCGAGGAUCUGCGCAUGCUCAUAGCGCCAGAUGCGGCCACUCUGAUCUCACAGGGCGAUUCCCUGGUACUGGAGACGCAUGGCAAACAUGGCAGCAUCUCGCGUCCAGUCAUGCGCACGCAGAUCUUGCUCAGAGAAAAGUUCCGUGAGGUUCAGCAGGCCAAGCCCAAAGCAACCGGCAAGUCCAGCACUGAGUCCAGCAAAGAGCUCGAAAAACGCUUGGAGGAUAUCAACGAACGCCACGACGAUCUGCAGGCCAUUGUUGGCGCCGUUGGCCAGAAUAGCCAAAAGCCAAAGGUUACGCCUGUCAUGAUGAACGAAAUCGAAAAGACUAAAAACAAUUUGAUUGCUCAUGCCGAUAGUAUAGAGCUCUCGCUGACGGAAUUGAAAAAUGUCAACCAAAUGGGCAAUGGGCAUGGCGCCACGAACAGUCGACAGGACUACAACAGCGAGCCCAGCGGCGUGGGCGCUUUGGCCAGCAGCUUCGACAAGUCCGUUUUGCACAUUUCCGACUGGCUGACUUGGGAACAAAACAUGAUCAAGAUACAGAGCGUGCUGGUGAACGACGGCGACGCCGUUCGCCUGGCCAUCGAGAAGCAGGAGAAAGUUUUGCGUGAAUUGAAAAUGAAAAAGCCGCAACUCAAUGAACUGGUCCACACGGCGGAGGUGCUGAAAGGCGACAUCAAACGUCAGCAGCUGCAGGAAAAAGAAUUGAAACAGUUUUCCAUAGCACCGCAUUGUGCAGCUGACUUAGACUAUUUACGUUGCUUUCUGAAAGUUACCCGCCUGAGGGAGCAUUGGGAUGAGACGUCGCAGUGCGUGCUGCAGCGAGCGGCGCAGCUGAAGAGCAUGCUGAGCGAUUCGCAGCGGUUCGAGGCCAAGCGCGUCGAGCUGGAAAUGUGGCUGGCGCGCAUGGAGCAGCGAGCGGAGCGAAUGGGCACCGUGGCCACCACAGCAGACAUACUGGAGGCCCAGCAGAAGGAGCAGAAGUCCUUCCACGCCGAGCUGCAUCAGAAUAAGCAGCACUUCGACCUCUUCAGCGAGCUGACGCAGAAACUAAUUGCAGUCUAUCCCAACGAUGAUACUUCCAGAGUUAAGAAGAUGACUGAGUCCAUUAAUCAACGCUAUACCAACUUGAAUAACGGUGUUAUCAACCGAGGCAAACUGCUGCACGCCGCUGUGCAAGAUCUGCAAUCGUUCGAUCGCAAAAUGGAUCAGUUUCUCGCCUUUCUCUCGGAAACGGAAACCCUUUGUGAAAAUGCUGAAUCGGACAUUGAUCGCAAUCCGAUGAUGUUUAAGGAUCUGCAAUCGGAAAUUGAAACCCAUCGCGUUGUUUACGAUCGUCUCGAUGGCACCGGCCGCAAACUUUUGGGUUCGCUCACCUCGCAAGAGGAUGCCGUUAUGCUGCAGCGCCGCUUGGAUGAAAUGAAUCAACGCUGGAAUAAUUUAAAAUCGAAAAGUAUUGCAAUCAGAAAUCGCCUGGAAUCAAAUUCGGAGCACUGGAACGCCUUGCUGCUGUCGCUGCGAGAGCUAACCGAGUGGGUCAUUCGCAAGGAUACAGAGCUCAGCAGCUUAGGCCUGGGCCCGGUGCGCGGCGAUGCGGCCAGUCUGCAAAAACAGCUCGAUGAUCAUAAAGCUUUUCGCCGUCAGCUGGAGGAUAAACGCCCAAUUGUUGAGAGCAAUUUAACGAGCGGUCGUCAGUAUAUAGCCAGCGAGACGCCCGUUUCGGAUACCAGCGAUACCGAGGCCGCCCACGACUCCGACUCGCGUUACAUGUCCGCCGAGGAGCAGAGCCGGGAACUGGCGCGCAGCAUACGGCGCGAGGUGGGCAAACUUUCGGAGCAGUGGAACAAUCUAAUCGAUAGAUCUGACAAUUGGAAGCAUCGUUUGGACGAGUACAUGACGACGAGUUCAGUCUCAGUUGUAGCUCAAAUUCUUAUUACCGACACGCUCAAAAAAAUGCGCCAAUUCCAAAAGGUCCUGGAGGACUUGACCUCUCGCGUCGCCUUGGCCGAGCAAACACAGCUCGCCUGGCAGACGCCGUCGUCCGUGGGCGAGGCUAAUGAUCAGAUGCAGCAGCUGCAGCGGCUGCGGGACAAGAUGACCACGGCCAGCGCUCUGCUGGACGACUGCAACGAGCAGCAAUCGUUCUUCACCGCCAAUCAGGUGCUGGUGCCGACGCCGUGCCUGUCCAAGCUGGAGGACUUGAAUACACGCAUGAAACUGCUGCAAAUUGCGAUGGACGAACGUCAGAAGGUGCUGUGCCAGGCCGGAGCCAACAAUGCGCACGAGAACGGGGACGAUGGACGCAAUACAUCAAACAGCGGCACCAUUGGUCCACUGCCCAAUUUGGGCCAGAGUGUUAAGCCGCCCUGGGAGCGUGCCACGACUGCCGCCAACGUGCCUUACUACAUCGACCAUGAACGCGAGACCACGCACUGGGACCACCCCGAGAUGAUCGAACUGAUGAAGGGACUGGCGGACCUCAACGAAAUUCGCUUCUCAGCCUAUCGCACAGCCAUGAAACUACGGGCUGUCCAAAAGCGAUUAGCGCUUGAUCGCAUCUCGAUGGCCACCGCGUGCGAGUCGUUUGACCGGCACGGACUGCGCGCCCAGAACGACAAGCUUAUCGACAUACCGGACAUGACGACGGUGCUGCAUUCGCUCUACGUGACAAUCGAUAAAAUUGAUUUGACGCUAAUGCUCGACCUGGCCAUCAACUGGAUACUGAACGUGUACGACUCGCAGCGCACCGGCCAAAUUCGGGUGCUCAGCUUUAAGGUGGGCCUCGUGCUGCUCUGCAAGGGCCACCUCGAGGAGAAGUACCGAUACCUGUUCCGCUUGGUCGCUGACACCGAACGGCGAGCGGACCAGCGGCGCCUGGGACUCCUGCUGCACGAUUGCAUACAGGUUCCGCGUCAACUGGGCGAGGUGGCCGCCUUUGGGGGCUCUAACAUCGAGCCCUCGGUGCGCUCGUGCCUGGAGCAGGCGGGCAUAUCGCAGGAAGCCAUCGAUGGCAAUCAGGAGAUAUCGAUCGAGCUGCAGCAUUUCCUCGGCUGGCUGCAGCACGAGCCGCAGAGUCUGGUCUGGCUGCCCGUGCUGCAUCGCCUGGCUGCCGCGGAGGCGGCCAAGCACCAGGCCAAGUGCAACAUAUGCAAAGAGUAUCCGAUAGUCGGCUUCCGGUAUCGCUGCCUCAAGUGCUUCAACUUUGACAUGUGCCAAAAGUGUUUCUUCUUCGGGCGGAAUGCCAAGAACCACAAGCUCACCCAUCCCAUGCACGAGUACUGCACAACGACCACAUCCACCGAGGACGUGCGCGACUUUACGCGCGCCCUUAAAAACAAAUUCAAGAGUCGCAAAUACUUUAAGAAGCAUCCACGCGUCGGCUACCUGCCCGUGCAGAGCGUCCUAGAGGGUGAUGCACUCGAGAGCCCGGCGCCCAGUCCGCAGCACACCUCGCACCAGCUGCAGAACGACAUGCACUCGCGCCUCGAGAUGUACGCGUCGCGGCUGGCCCAGGUGGAGUACGGCGGAACUGGCUCCAACUCGACGCCCGACAGCGACGACGAGCACCAGCUGAUCGCACAGUACUGCCAGGCGCUGCCCGCGACCAAUGGCAGCGCGCCCAAGUCGCCGGUCCAGGUGAUGGCCGCAAUGGAUGCGGAGCAGCGCGAGGAGCUGGAGGCGAUCAUCCGCGACCUCGAGGAGGAGAACGCCAAUCUGCAGGCCGAGUACCAGCAGCUGUGCACCAAGCAGCAGAGCGGCACGCCCGAUGAGUCCAACGGCAUGCACCACUCCAGCAGCUCCAGCAUGACGGGUCUGUCCAGCCAGGGCGAGCAUGGCCAGGACAUGAUGGCCGAGGCAAAGCUGUUGCGGCAGCACAAGGGCCGCCUGGAGGCGCGUAUGCAGAUACUCGAGGACCACAAUCGGCAGCUGGAGGCGCAGCUGCAACGACUCCGGCAGCUGCUCGACGAGCCCAACGGCGGCGGCAGCAGCGCCACCAGCAGCGGCCUGCCCAGUGCGCCCGGCUCAGCACUCAAUUCCAAGCCAAACACGCUGCAGACGCGCUCGGUCACCGCCUCCCAGCUGAACACCGACUCCCCGGCCAAGAUGAAUCAGCAGAACGGCCACUACGACCACACUUCAAAGGGCAUUAUGCUGCCGGGUCUCAGCAGCGAGCUGCAGCAGCAGCAGCUGGCCAAUCUGGCCGCCAAGCAUCACCAGCACCAACUGAGCGGCGCUCUGAACGCACUGCAUCAACAGCAGCAACAGCAGCAGCAGCUUUCUUCUCAGAGAGGCGUCCUCACCGGCAACGGGGGCAUCGACAUGUCCGGCAGUGGAAUGCAGAUGUCCGGCUACUUAGGGGACGACGGACGUCCCCCGCCUCCGCCGCACUCCAGCUUGCUGCAGCAGCAUAUGAAUGAUCUUGGCUAGAGCGUUUGGAAUGUAUGUCAAAGCGAAGCAGCAGAGAAUUUGGUCACUGUCAUCACCGAACAGGAAAUCGAGCCCAACAACGAGGACUUGGAGGAGACGAGCAGCAGCACGGCUACAAAU